UGCCUUUCUGAGAUUUUGCGUGCACUUUUAACAAUAAGAAAUUAUAUUCAACUGUCACCUGGUUACAUACCUUGAUACUUACUGUAAUUCAUAUCUUCUAUUAUUAUGCUGCAAAGUAUUACUGUAUUAGUAUUACUGCUGCAAAGGCAACAAAUUUCAUAAUAUUAAACCUGAUCCUGAGAACUUGACAAGUUUCUAUCGUAAUAGGUGGUGACAUAUUUGAAAAAGAGGAAGUUGAAAUUCUGGGUGCAAAAUAAAUAAGUGAAUACAGUAUUAUGAUUAAAGAUUAGCUGGAUGUUUAAAUAACGCCGCAGUUCCACAGCACUGAGGGCUGGUUGAGGGGAGGAGACUGAAAAGAGAAAUACUCGUAUUCUCUCUUCAGACGCCGGGAAGGGCGAGGUCCUUCCUGCGAGCCUACAUCGGCAGGAAAUAAUCCUGAGCAGCCCACAGUGGCAGCUCGAAGUCCUUUCCAGACGCCUCCAGCGAAAGUUUCUGCUGGGCGCCGGUUCCUGGUAAGAGCGCGGCCUUCGCCCGGCGCCGCAGCCUCGGGCUUUCGGCCUCAGCGGUCAGACAAUGUCGAAGGUUGUGAUUGCCGUCCUCCUUCUCUGCGAGGUUUCCGUGUGCAAGUCUUCAGACCAUGCAAAAUUUUAUGGAUUGGAGGGAAGCAGUAUAUCUAUUCCUAUCACAAGACCUUCAGAUAUAGAGGAAAUUAGAUGCACGCUUGAUGGCAACAAGAUUCUUGAAUGGGAAGCCAAUGAAGGCGUAUCUUAUUUUGGAAGAUUUAUUGGAAGAACUAACCUAACGGACGAUACCAUGGAGAUCCAGAAUUUACAACAGGCUGAUUCAGGGACUUACAAAUUUUCUUUCAUAUAUCCAGAUGGUUUAAGUAAUCAAACAAGUUUCUCACUCAUUGUAAGCGAACCACUUUCGCGACCAACAAUUAAUUGCACUACAAAUGGAACGAAUAUUCACCUAGAAUGCAAUUUUGAAGACGGUCAGUCAGUUACAAUUGAAUGGAUGUUUCAAGACAGCAUUGUAGCGCAAGAUGAUAAUUUUGAUUUGUCUGUUGACAACAAAUGCUUAAUAAUAUCUAACCCUGAAGAAUCUUCUGGUGAAUAUGCCUGCUUUGUGAAACAACAUGGACAUCGGGCUCGGAGUGACCCUUUUAACAUAGACAAAUGCUAUAGGAGAGGAAAUAGUCGAGGGCAUGGCAGUCUGAUUGCAGUUGUGUUGCUUCUAUUAGUUGGCUCCAUCAUUGGUAUUUCCGUUUGCUGGUAUAAGAAAAAAAAUAAGAAUGAACAAGAUGGGUACAAAACAACGAACGCAGAAGAUCCAAAGAAUGUAUCACCAGAAGGAGAUGGAAUAGACCCAAAGCCUUCACCAUCAAGUGAGCCUUGAGUCAGAGAAGAUAUUUGACAUUCCAAAGGUUAAAGAGAAAAGAUCAUAAUCUUGAGCAGCACAAAGAGAAUGUCUAAUUGGGAGAAAGGCUCCCUUGAAGGUUUAACAUUGAAAAGAAUUUAACCAACAGUUCUGCAAUGGAUACUUGGCCUGAAAUGUUCAUCUUUUUGUAUUGCACAGAAGCUGUUUGAACUUGUGCUUCUGGAAUAUUAUAUUUUUAUUCUAGUAGCAAUCGUGUGAUGCCACUGUUACAGUGGUACUCUUAAUUACACUUGCUGUACAUUUCUAACUGCUGUAACAAGGGCUAAAGGCAUGCAGACUUGAACGCUAGUGAUGGAUUAUUGAAAAGAAAAAUAUUUAUUUUUAGUCUUCAUUUUGCUUGUAAGUAAACAAGUUAGUUCCCGUUCAUGAAGUGACUUCGAUUUCAGGUGCUUCUAAAUUAUUUAAGUUUAAAAGUCAUAAAUUUAACAUUCAAAAUGUUUUGCUCAAUUGUCUAGAGUUAUGCCAAUUUUAGAUGUCUGGCUGUGACAAUGUCUCAAUUUCUAACCCUGCAGUAAUCAAGAUAAACUGCAUUUUACAUGGUUUAUUUUAAAUGCAUCUUGUAUGAAUAUGUAGCUUGACAGUGUGUUUUUUUUAUUGUUUUCGAUACCCGCUGAAUAGAAUAGCUUCACUCAUCUUAGGACUUAAGAUGCUUUUAAAACAAAAAGCUGAAAAUGCACAAGGGAUUUAUAGAAUUCAGAGCAUCUGGCACAGCUUGUAGAGCUUCUGCUACAUUGCUCUAGCAACCUGGCAUCAGGUUUGAGCUCCAGUGCCAUCUCUGGGGAGUUUGCAUAUUCUCUCCGUGACCGUGGGUUCCCUUCCAUGUACCACUAGUGAGAGUUCCGAGGCAUUCGAAUAUUGUAAGUUGCCUUUGGUGUGUUGGUGACUGAGACACUCUGAAGGGAACAUGGGAAGAAAAUGUUACAGGAAAUUGAGGUUGUACUGUGAGCUGGCGUAGAUUUCAUUGGCAUUGAUUUAUUUUAAAGAGAAAAGUAGACAGACAAUUUACAAUGAUUGUUUAAAAUAUUUUUAAAAUUACAAUCAAAAAUUAUACAAACAUCGAAUAGGGAUUGGAGCUCAAACAGUAAUGAAUGUCUUUGUUUUCUUAUGCGGAUGAUAAAAGUAAUCCAAAGGAAGUGAUUAAAGCAAAUUGAGUAAUUAUAGAAAAUUGCCAGUCAGCCUUGUGCACUUUCAUAUACUCCUGCCUCACACUGCCAGGAAUUUUUAUUAUUUUCUAAAAUUUAAACUCCCAAAGUUCAGGGUGGAAUUUGGAUGACAACAGAUUGUGUAAAAGGGAAGAUCUGAAGAACUUGACGGUGUUGAAGAAACUGGAAAGGUUGACACAUACUUUUAUGGCAAUGAGAAAAAUCUUAACUCCUUUGCAAUCAUUGUCAACACGACCCAAUGACAUGAAAUAAAACUAUGAAAAAAAAAAAGCCACUGAUAAUUUAUGAUACAGAAAAUAAGUUGCUAUGGGAGUUUUUUAAAUGCUGAUGAACAGAAAGGCCUUGAAGCCUAAAUCGAUUGUUUUCUGAAAGGGUCUACAUAUUAAAAGGAUGAUGAAGAAGGCAGAGGUUUCAGGGUUUUGGCAUAGAGUGCAAGGGCUGGAACAUUAUGUUGCCACUCAACAACUCACUGGUUGGGCAGCAUUUGAAGUAUUGCAAUAAAUCAAAUGGGCUGGACUUGCACGUUUAACUAGUCAUCACUUGGCCUGCUGGACUGGGUUGAGGGAAUAUAGAGGUACAAGAUAAAAGGCAAAAAUAGGGUAGAUGGCAGGGAUAUCAAAAACAAGAAGGCUGAGGUUCAACGUAAGAGGAAGGAGUUUUAAAGAGGAUUUGAGAGAUUUUUUUAAACCAAUAAUUGAUGUCUUCAACUCACUGCCAGUAGUGUAGUCAGAUAGGCCCACUGUGUUGAAGAGUCAUUUAGAAAUACACCUAAAUAGGCAAGUUAUUGGAUAUAGUCCCAAUGCAGGCAAAUGUAAUAGGUCUAAAUGUGUAAAAAGAUCAUCAUGUACAUGGUAAGAAAAAAACACCUUGUCGCUGUACUGUAUGACUAGAGCUUGAAAUACUUGUUUUAUCUUGUAGCCUUGUUUAUGUUUCUGAAAGCAAUAGCCACCACUUGGGAUAAUAAAUAAAUACCUUGUGCUUCCCA